AUGUCUCUGACCAACAGCGAGAAGAGCAUCAUCAUGUCCCUCUGGGACAAGGUCUCCUCCCAGGCUGAGGCCAUCGGCACCGAGGCUCUGGAGAGGUUCUUCCUCAGCUAUCCGCAGUCCAAGCCCAGUUUCCCGCAAUUCGACCAGCUGCCGGGCUCAGCGCAGCUGCGGGCCCGUGGAGCCGAAUUGGCAGCCGCGCUAAACGACGCAGUCAAGAACAUGGACGACAUGGAUGUCGCACUGUCCCCACUGAGCGACCUGCUCGCCUACAAGCUGCGCGUGGACCCGGUCAACUUCAGGCUCCUGUCCCAUGGCCUGCAGGUCACUCUGGCCAGGUACCUGCCCAGAGACUUCACCGCCGAGACCCAAGCUGCCUGGGACAAGUUCCUGGGCCGAGUGCCCGACCUCAUGACCGCUAAGAACCGCUGA